UAAAGUGAAAUUGACAAAAUCCGGAGCAAUCCAGCAAAGGAGAUACAGAGAUGGCUGGUCGGAGCAUCACAUACAUCACCGGCUCUCAGCUUCUCUCUCUCAAAUCCCGCCCUAAUAUUGCCAUCGUCGACGUCAGGGAUGAUGAACGGAGCUCCGAUGGACACAUAGCCGGAUCUCUCCACGUUUCUAGCGAUAAUUUCGUUGACAAAUUGCCCAGCCUGGUUGAAGCUACCAAAGGCAAGGAUACUCUCGUUUUCCACUGCGCUCUCAGCCAGGUUCGUGGACCCAAAUGUGCUCGAAAGUUUGCCGAUUAUCUUGCUGAUGCGGAUAUUGGGGAUGUGAAGAAUAUAAUGGUCUUGGAACGAGGCUACAAUGGCUGGGAAUCUUCCGGAAGGCCUGUUUGCCGCUGCAAAGAGGUGCCCUGCAAGGCUGACCAUAGCUGAUGAAUGUACCACUGCAAGAAAGCAAAUGCUGCUAAUAUAUAAUAUUUUGUUUGAAUAAUGAAUGAUGUAUACUCCAUUUAUGGAAGAUUUGUAUUCUUCUGUGAGGAACACGAAACGAUCAUUACUUACACACACGUAUUUCUCGUAACUUGGUGUGCUUCUUGUUCUAUGUAACCGUGUGGAACUUGGUUCUUAAUGAACCCCAAAGUUUGUCGAUUUGUUAAAUUUGUGAACAA